UAAAGUAGAAAGUCCACCGUCAUCAUCCAAAGCUGCUCUAGUCGGUUUAGAGGCAUACACCGAACGGGGGGUAGAUAAAUAAAAAUAAUUAACCACAUUUUUGGUAUCACUGUCAGAUCUGGAGCAGCUUCCUAGAAUCAUAAAGCUGUGAGUUGUAGAAAAGGAAGUAGUUGUUGGUGUCAAAUUUAUUGAAGAUGAGUCUCCUGAUAGGCUAGGUGCGUGACUCUCUCUACAGUGGGCUCAAUUUUUUUCAAUGCGUUCAAUCGGCAAAGAUGACUUGUAGCUUUUCUGGGUUGAUAGGCUGGUUCAGGUGCAAAUUAGUAGCAAUGGUAUCCAGCUUGCCUCCAGCCUUGAUCAAUUUAUAUCCCACCUGCAUCAGUCUCACCCUCUCUGUGUGAACUCUGCAGAGCUCCUUUACAUUCUUGUCUAAGCAAAUAGUGUUCGAUGAGGACUUUGGCCUUCUAUUAAUCUCACAAUAAGUUUACUCCCCUUUUUUCUCCUCUAGUGAAACUUAUUCACUGCGCAUCGGAAGGCUAAGGGUUCAAGGAUAUGCACCGUAAGUGGGCGAGGUGAAGAUGAUCCGCUAAGAGAAGAAGCCGUACUGCAAUCCGGAGGUCUUCGUCGUCGUUAACGCGCAAGCUUAACGCAACGUUGGCAUAGAGGUUCAAAGUCGCAAUACGAGAGCGUCUGCCGCAGGGCAAUCAAAUGUCGGCCUGAGGGUUUCUUUUUCCUUUUCGGUGGCUUUUUUUAUUAGCAGUGAGAGAGUUUGUGGUCAAUUGAUUAAUCCACCAUGGAAUUUCCGCGUGCAGUUCUUAGGAGUAAGCUGCCACCAUCGUGCCUAAAUCUGUACUAUAUGACAACACCACGCACGUUUCUAGGGGGAAAGAAGACGAGAAACCCUGGUACUCAAAAGAUUCCACGUGAACUUUAUCUUUUCCAUAUAGUUGAAUCUUCACCAUGGCCUAUGUGUUGUUCGUCAUGUACGGUGAAUAGGGCUGAAAGCGGUCGCCCCCUCACGUGGGAUUGUAUAUUCCGCAACCGAACUUUACUCGUUCGAGCUGGCUCUGAAAUCCGUCUCAAGAAGUGUAGAGAUGCAAUAAGAUUCGCGCGACGUGACAUCGCUUGGCCAGGAUCCAUGCGUGGAACAGUCGCGAUGUGCACCACGCAUAUCCAAGUAAAUUAUUCCUCGUAA